GAAUGGUGGUACACGUGAUGUUGUUCAGAGAUUCGAUAUAUAUUCAACAACUGGAGAAUCAUUUGAGUUUUAGAAUUGCAUAAUUCUUUCUUGAGUCGGGAUAAGAUCUAGGGUUUCUUUCAAAGAAAUAAGCCUCCUUAAAGCGUGAUAUUUGUUACUCAUAUUCUUAUCAUGGCCGAGAAGAAUUCUACUACCCCGCGUUACGACAUCUCAAUCUACAAUACCUCUUUCUCAGAAUUACCAGACCCCAAACGAGUAUGGAUAGGGGAGCCCGGAUCUGCUCUUGAAGGAAUAGGACGCCUAUCCCUUCUCACACCAGAAAUAGUCUCUUCGGCGGCAACUUCAGAGAUCAAGACGGGUAGAAGAGUAGGUCUCGGAUGGGACAUGACAAAGCUGGAGUAUUCUCAAUUUGGACGACAAAAAUGUGGUCAUAAAAUUAUCCCGUUGAAUGGACCAGGUGGAAGUGGACAUGGAGCUUGUUUUGAUGAUGUUUAUCAUAUGAAUCCUCAGCAAAGCAGUCAAUGGGAUGGCUUUCGUCACUACUCUCAGCCACGAAAUACAUCCGACCCCUCUACAUCACAAGAGCGAGUUUUCUAUGGCGGUAUUACGAAGGAUGAGAUUAUGGAUGCAUCCAAUCACCGCAUCGGACUCCAACAUUGGGCAUCUGAAGGAAUUGCCGGUGAGUCUUCGUCUGUCCACUUUCCUUCUUCCAUUCCACAUCUUCAUAGUACUCAUAAUUACCUCCUAGGACGUGGCAUUCUGAUCGACUACGCUCACUGGUGCACCCAACAAUCUCCACCCAUCAAGUACACCAACUUUUCCCUUCACAAUAUCCCCUUCAAAACGCUUGUCGCGAUCCUCGCCGAUCAAAAUAUAGCCCCUCAGCGUGGUGAUAUUCUUUUCAUCCGCAUGGGUCUAAUUCCAGAAUGGGAUAGCUUCACCGAUUCUCAAAAACAAGAAUAUGCAUCCCAAAGUACCCCCGAACAUGCUGGCGUCGAACCUAGCUUAGAGUUGUUAGAAUGGAUAUGGGAUAGUGGGAUAUCAGCUGUGGCAGGCGAUGCUAUAAGUUGGGAGGUGUAUCCUACGCAGGGGGAACUAAGCUGUCAUGAAUACCUACUCGGAGGAUGGGGAAUGCCGAUUGGCGAAAUAUUCGAUCUUGAGGCAUUGUCUCGUACCUGCCGCGAACUAAAUCGAUAUUCGUUCUUCCUAACAUCUAUGCCAUUGAAUAUGCCAGGAGGAGUCUCUUCGCCUCCAAAUGCAAUGGCUAUAUUUUAAAUGUUUAUUGGGAAAUUGGAAAGGGUAGAAAAGACAUAUGCGACGAGGACAGAAGGCUAAAGUGGUUUACAGAUCUAAGGACUGCAAAUGUAGCGUAUUGAGUUGUAUACUGGUUGAUGUUUUUGGAAUUGUUACACUGUGGAAAAUUUGAGUAUGAAAGCUUUUCAGCCAAUGUUAAUUGAACCUUGUAUUUCGUUUGGCA